UCAUAUGUUACCGGGUGUGUGUCUAUGGCGCCUCGCCAUAGAGCACGAUGGCUGCGAUCGGCCCGAACACGCGACGGGCUUUGGCGGCCGUCAGGGGGAACCGAUGGGCGAAGGGGGCAUCGUGAGGGACACCCGCUGCUGGUGCCUCGCCGGUACUGAUGGUGACGUGCACUGCAUGCACACAGCAGCACAGCGAAUGAAAAACGACACGGCAGCAUGAGCAUGUGCUGUUAAUGUGUGUGCGUACCGUUCUGGUUGUUGCCUGGGGGAAUGUCGAAGGAAAUCCACGCGAUGAAUGGGUCGGCAGCCGUUGUCAGCACAUGCACUUGCCCACACUGGCCACUGACCGCCUCCCAUGCCGCCACGUUCGAGCAUCCGUUGAGGGGCGUGUGUGGCGAUCGAGUCAUGAUGCGGUCGAAGUGGCCACGACGCACACGACUGACACACACAUCAAUAGCGCACCACAUAGCCAUUCGCCCUCUAAUUUGAGUGCCGUCCAUCCACUCACCGGUCAACCACCACUGCUGGCGAGUAGGUGAAGCCGCCCACAGCCUCAAACCGGUAUUGCAGCAUCCGACGCUUCAACAUGGAGCUCGCCGAUGCGUCAACGGCCCCAU